AUGCCGUCGACGUCUUCGCAGUCCGUGGCAGGAGCGGCGCGAGAGCGGCCCAAGCCCCCGAACCCCGUCGCCGAGGCGGCCGAGCAGCAGUGGCUUUUCACCGAGGAGGAGCUGCUGCACACGCCCUCGAUCGAGGAUGGCAUGAAGCCCGAGCAGGAGCGCGAGAUGCGGUACAAGGGCAUGACGUUCAUCUGGCAGGUGGGCGCGAUGCUGAAGUUGCCGCAGCUCACGCUCUCCACCGCCGGCGUCUUCCUGAACCGCUUCAUCACGCGCAACUCGCUGGUGAGCAAGGACGGGUUCAAGGCCCUGCAUCACUAUCAAAUCGCCGCGACGUCCCUCUUCCUCGCGACCAAGGUGGAGGAGAACUGCCGCAAGAUGAAGGAACUGGUCGUCGCAUGCUGUCGCGUUGCGCAGAAGAACCCGAACCUCCUCGUGGACGAACAGACAAAAGACUACUGGCGGUGGCGCGACACGAUCCUCUUCAACGAAGACGUGCUACUAGAAGCGAUCUGCUUCGACCUAACCGUCGAAUCGCCCCACAAGCUACUCUUCGACAUGCUGAUAUACUUCCGGGUCGAGCACGACAAGCGGCUCCGCAACGCAUCAUGGAGCUUCAUAAAUGACAGCAACCUAACAACAUGCUGUCUAAUGUUCAACUCGCGGACCAUCGCCGCCGCAGCGCUCUACUGCGGGGCACGGCUAUGCAGCGUCGGCUUCCCCGACGAGGACGGCAAGCCGUGGUGGGAGAUCCAGCACGUGCGGCUACGCGACAUCCUGCGGUGCUGCAACUACAUGUGCGCGGCCUACGAAAACACCCCUCCCUCCAAGGGCUCCGAGAGUAUAUACGUAGGUCUACGGACCCCCGAGGACGCGGACCCCCUGUAUGCGCAAACGAGACUAAGGACUUCGCAGACGCCGUUGAGCCCCGCCGCCAGCUCCGUCGGUAUGGAGCGGUCGAGCAGCCAGCAGAGCGUCAAGAGGUCCCGCGACGAGGCGUUUAGGAGGGAGGAGCCCGAGCCUGCCGCCCCUGCCAAUGGCUCGCGCAGACCUGAGGCCUCGGAGCCGCCAAAGGACGAGCCGGAUUCCAAGCGCGCUAAACGCGAAACUAACGGCACGUCUGCCGGCGAGGCGCCCGCUGCUGAGGAAACUAAGAAGGCUUCCGCGGACGAGGACCUCAGUGAAGAAGGCGAAGUGGAGGAAUGA